AUGUGUGGUUGGUGCGAAUGUGCAAUGCUGCCAACGAUGGUUUGCUGGUUAAAUCAAAAGCCAUCUAUUAUCGAAAAAACGAACCAUUUAAAAACCAUGACAUUUGUGCAUACAUUGUCGCGCGAACUCUCACGGCAGCAAGUCAUGAUCAUGACCAUAACUUUUUCGAAUCUGACGAGCAAAUAUAAUGAAUAUCAGAAGAAUGUGAGGCUACCCUUAUUUGUCGUUCUCCUCGAUACCGAGGAGACAAUGUAUGAAUUCGCCAAGACCACGAAGGGCAUAAAACCCAUCUCCUUCCCCAUCUGGUUGGUUGUGUUUCUUCAGCAUCUUGGAAACCCCCUCAAAGAGUACUGCACACAUCCUGCCAAUAACAUAUUCAACGUCGACGUCAGCACUCAGAUGCUGGUCCUGUGCUACAAUCGCCCGAUCCUAGUCGAGUGGUAUGCCAUUCACGAUAAUUAUACCAGAACGUUUGAUCUGGCUACGUGGUCUCCUGAUAGAGGUCUGAUCCUAAGAACGCAAGAAAACCUCUACGCCAGGAGGAGCGAUAUGUUUGGUGAUGUUGUACGCGUGACGAUUGUGAAUAACUCGCCAUUAGUCUCGCUGAAGAACGGUACGAUGGGCGGAUUUUUUGGUUUGCUACUGUUAGAGCUCAGCAAAGUGAUGAACUUCACGAUAAAGAUUCUGGAUCCAGUGGACUCAUACGGUAGCUGGAAUCCUCAGAAGAAUAGUUGGACAGGUGCAAUCGGCAAGUUGGUGGACAAUGAAGCUGACAUCGGCGUAGCCGCAUUCACAAUAACGAAUGAGAGACUAAAUCACAUCGACUUUACGAUACCAUUGAUAAGUACACAAUACCGCCUCUAUAUGCAUCAGCCUAUCACGCCUUACGUACAAUGGUUCUGGUACUUUAAGGUAUUUAGUCCUGGAGUUUGGGGUACAUUAAUGAUGAUAAUAAUAAUCGCUUCUAUUAUAUUGACUGUUAUUAAAACAAAAGGAUUCUCGAUGAGCCUAAUGUCUGAGAACUAUAUUAAAGUUUGGGGUAUUUAUUGUCAGCAAGGUCUGCCGGUAAUAAUUCUGUCAACCUAUUUCGCCUCAUUAAUCAGUUACUUGGCACUCAAUACGGCUAAAUUGCCUUUUUCUACUUUGGAGGGAUACGUUAAGGACGGUACUUACAAAUUAAUCGUUCUACAAAACAGCGCCGAAUACGACAUUCCUCUUUAUACUAAAAAUCCCUUAUUACUGAAAAUGUACGACUUGCUGGAGGAUAAGGACUAUUUACCGUUUAAUAAUUCUGAAGGAUUUAAAAAAAUCUGCGAGCGGAUGGACUUGGCGUUUUACGCGACAGAGGUGUCUAAAAUCGACAUUUAUAUGCAGUGUGAAGUGGUAUACAUUAAUACCGGAAGAAUCGAUAAUAAUGCGAUAACUCUAAAGAAAGGAAGUCCUUACACUCACUUUAUAAAUUACCACUUGAGGCGAUUUCAACUUAAUGGCGUUCUAAAUAAGUUACAGAACCAGAAUCCUUCAAAAAUUCCAGUGAGGGUUAUUAGUAAUUUUACGGUCGGUAUAGCCGAUGUAACACCGGUUUUAACAAUUGUAGCAGUCAAUAUGAUCCUAUCAUUAUUUAUCUUGAUAAUCGAGAAAAUGUAUUAUUCAUUUAAAACUCCGAACUCUAAGAAUAAUAAAUCCGUUACAAAAUUCACUCACAAUCUUAACGUGAGGAAUAAAUUGCGAGAAGAAUACUAAAAAAAUCUAAGACUUCAAGAAUUUUCUAACAAAUCAAUUGACCAUUAG